CAGACGCACACGUUCUCUCUCUCUCCCUCUCUCCUUCACGCACGCACACACACACACGCUCAUGCACGCAGACGGCAACUUUCCUCUAUCGGACUGACACAACACACACGCCGGGAUAGACACACUCCCCUCGCUACAGUGGAGAAGAGGAUAAGGAGUGACAGAUCAGGAAAAAAAAGAAAUACAGGAAAAGAGGAGGUUCCCUGGUGAAGAGGAGGAUCGUGCUGACGUUUCGUCCCGUCCAAGAUGGCAAACCUUGUGACAUCGUUGUGCUGCGUGGUUCUGGCCGCCGUGGUGGUAGCUUACGCUCAGAGACGCAGCCAGCUUGUUGCUAGGAACCAGUAUGAGCGCAUGGGCAGUGAUGUCACCAUGCAGUGCGGCUCCCUGGACAAUGACGCGUCUGUGUCGUGGAAGGUGAACGGGACGGACGUGAAGGCCCAGCACCGUCUAGAGGGUCCCCGGCUGAUGCUGACCGAGGUGGACCUGGGCCACAACGGGCUCUACAGCUGCUUUCAGAACCCACACGGAGAGAGACGCGACACCAUCUACCUCCACAUCGGCAUCCCCCCUCGGGAGCCCACAGUCACCUGUCGAUCCAACACCUACCCCAAAGGCUUCUACUGCAGCUGGCACCAGCUGCACCCGACGUACAUCCCCACGACCUUUGAGGUGGACGUGCAACAUAAUCAGCGCUCGCUGGAGGUGCAGAAAGACCCGGACCACAAGAAUCGCUGUCGCGUGCGCUUCCCAGAGGUCUUCUCCAGCUUCCCCUACAAAGUUAACGUGACAGCGGUCAAUGCCUUGGGGAAAGCCUCCACCACCAUCUCCUUUGAAGAGUCCAGUAUAGUCAAACCGGACCCACCGGAGCGCGUGACGGCGACCCCGAUCCGCUUCAACGUUCGGAGGCUUGAGGUAUCCUGGCACAGCCCCGCCACUUGGCCGGACAUCGACAACUUCCCUCUGAAAUACUUCCUCCGAUACCGGCCACUCAUCCGGGAGCAGUGGCAGCAUGUGGAGCUAUCUGACAGCACCUCCCACACCAUCACCGAUGCCUAUGCUGGAAAGGAAUACAUCAUCCAGGUGGCUGCCAAGGACACAGAGAUUGGAACAUGGAGUGACUGGAGUGUUGCCGUGCAUGCUACACCCUGGAUUGAAGAUCCUCUGCCGAUCACUUCCACAACUGAAGUGGACUUUCCUACCGAGACUAAGACCUCGCCCAUACCGUCCUCCAACGCACCACAAAAGGCUGAACCUCCAGUGGGCAGAGCUGCCAGGGUCCUCACAUUUUUCUCCCCUCUGCUGUUAGGAAUGCUGCUGCUGUUCGUGUGAUGUAGAUGUCUUAUUUCUGAAGGCAGUGGGAGGAAGACGAGGAGGAGGAGGAGGCGGCGGCUGGUCUUUUUUUCUAUUUUGCACAUGUUUCGAGGAUACAGUGCAUUGAUCAUUUCUGUCCAUCUCACAGUUACCCACCACGAUUACUUAGACAUGAAAUCAGACGAUGAUAAUGCGAUUCAGCAUUUUUGAUUAACGGAGACAAAGAAAUUCUUCAGAGGAACUUUUGAAAGCGGCAUCCUCACCAUCACCACCGACAGCAGCAGCAGCAGCAGCAGCAGCAGCAGGAGCAACAACAACCACAACAGCAGCAGUGCUAUCAGCAUAUACGGUCUUAUAUUACCCCCUGGUGGCUCCGAUGGGCCACAGCAGACUUUGUGUGGCAGACAGCAGUUUGGUUUGGGAAUCUCCUCUUCAGAGCAACAAAUAUCAGCUCCUCAGAUGACAAAAUAUUCUCCUCAUGACCUUUUUGUUCCCUUUUUUUUAAUUAUUAUUGACCAAUCGAUCGUCACUUUCACUUUCUUCUGAAAUUACAGCACUGUACAGACAAACACACUCGUAUGUAGAGCAUCUGCACGUGUGCUUGUGUGUAUAGCAACAGUAGCAGCCCCCAUACAGCUAAAUCACCAUGCCAAAGACUCAACUUCACCCCCCCCCCCUCCCAAACAAAGUGGUUCCCAAACAAUUCACUGAGCUUCCUGAAGCCUGUGUCUGCCUUCGUCGUGGGUCCAAAAAGCCCAGAAAGAUGUGUGUGUGUGUGUUUGCGAGUCAAACGGUACACGAAUGAAACUUGGGACAAACCCGAGGAACACUGCAGCUCCAGUUUGCGUAAGCCUACCAUUUAACGAAGAAGCCACAAAAAGCACCCAAUCAGACUCCGAAUCUGUCAACUCGGCGGCUGAAUCGAACAGGCGGAUCGAGUCGUUUUCUCGAUGUGAGGACUAACACUUUGAAGAAUUCAGUAACGGUAGUCUGGCUUAUUUAGACAGUUAGCUUUACACUCUGCUUUCGGCGACUGGCAAAGAGGACCUGGAUUGUAUGAAAAAAAAAUAAAAUAAAGUGGAUUUGAGACUGAACAAUUCUUUGCCCACCCAUUUGUUUUGGUUCGACUUUGUGACGAUGACAGAGUUGGUUAUUGAAACAUUGAGUAUGUUGGUUCUCCAUUCUGCUCUGUGCUGUAAAAUAAAAUAACACGAAACAGUUUGCUUUCUGACGCCUUUAAAAACAUAAAAAAAAAUGUCUUUUUGCAGUUUACAUUUCAAUAGCCAAUAUCACCAGUUAAUAUUAUGUUAUUCAAAGGAAUAUUGAUGUGUUUUAUUGUAUUUUUUUUAUUAUUAUUUUAUGGACAAAUAAUAAAAACACACAUAGAGGAUUUUAGUUUUUUUUUCCAGACAUUCAUAAUGGCUUAAUUCUCCUUGAUCCUAUUUUGUAAACUAUGAUAUGUAACUUUAACAUUGAACAAAAAGUUUAUUAUUUAAUAAUAAUAAUAAUAAUGUAUGUAUUAGCAGUAGAAUGUCGUAACCUGUACCUGGGGUCUUUUUUAUAGAUGUAUAUACAAUGACAGGUUUCAACCAUUAAAUGUGACCA